AAGCAGAAGCAGAAGCCCAGCACGGGAGAAGGCAUAGGAGGAGGCUGAGACCAGCCCAAAGCCCGCACCAAUGAAUUUGCUCUGCUGCUGCUGUUGCAGUAACAUGGCGCCCAACCAGCGCGUCACACGCAAAUGGGAACUGUUUGCCGGACGCAAUAAAUUCUACUGCGAUGGAUUGCUAAUGUCCGCACCACACACAGGCGUCUUCUACUUGACGUGCAUCCUGAUAACCGGCACCAGUGCGCUCUUCUUUGCGUUCGACUGCCCGUUCCUGGCGGAGCGCAUCAACCCAGUCAUUCCCAUUGUGGGCGCCGUCCUGUACUUCUUCACGAUGAGCUCCCUGCUGCGCACAACCUUCACGGAUCCGGGCGUCAUACCGCGGGCCUCCAAUGAUGAGGCAGCCUAUAUUGAAAAGCAAAUUGAGGUGCCAAACUCGCUGAACAGCCCCACAUACCGACCGCCACCGCGCACCAAGGAGGUGCUCGUCAGGGGCCAGACGGUCAAGCUGAAGUACUGCUUCACCUGCAAGAUCUUCCGGCCACCGCGCGCCUCCCACUGCAGCCUGUGCGACAACUGUGUGGACCGCUUCGAUCAUCACUGUCCCUGGGUGGGAAACUGCGUGGGAAAGCGGAACUAUCGGUUCUUUUAUUUGUUUCUAGUCUCAUUGGCAUUUUUAGCUGUAUUUAUAUUCUCGUGCUCUGUGACGCAUUUAGUUUUAUUGAUGAAAACCGAGCAGGAGGUCUUCGAAGUAAUAAAGAAGGCGCCCUGCACUGUGAUUGUUGUGUUCAUUUGCUUCUUUUCGAUAUGGUCCGUCAUCGGAUUGGCGGGAUUCCACACCUACCUGACGACGAGCGACCAGACGACCAACGAGGAUCUUAAGGGAUCCUUCUCCUCGAAGGGCGGGCCGCGCACCCAGAACCCCUACUCGCGGGGCAACAUCUGCCUCAACUGUUGCCACAUCCUAUGCGGACCCAUGACGCCGUCGAUGAUUGACAGGCGCGGCAUUGCCACCGACGAGUACAUCCAGCAGAUGCAGCACCAGUCCAGCCCCCGGCACGCCCUCAGCGAUGUGCUGAGCACCUCCCAUAUGGUCACCACCGCGCAGCCCAUGCUGGGUGGCGGCGGCGGCGGCGGCUCGGUUGGUGGCAUUGGUGGGGCGGGUGGCGGCAUCAGCAUAGGGGGGGCGGAGCUGAAGCCCCGCUUCUACGACGAGUCUAAUCCCUCCUCCUCGACAAUGGACGGAUCUGGGGCCGCCGCAUCAGCCGCCCUCAACGGCCACGGCCACGGCCAUGGACAUGGACACGGACAUGGCCAUGGCCACGGCAAUGGCAACGGCACCGGCCUUGAACACCCGCCGCCCAGCUACGACCUGGUCCAAAACGGUAAGUCCCGCAAGCAGCAGCACCAGAGGUGCUCACUGCAAACACUGCUGCCCGCCAGCGCCCAGCACCAGUUCAAAGCCAACAAGCACAAGCAUCAGCAGCAGCACCAGAAACAGCAGCUGGUGGCCGCCGAACUGCAGAUGCAGCAGGAGGCGCUCGCCCGCUCGCACUCGAACCUCGCAUCGCCCUCGCUGGUGCGCUCGCCGGCCACGUCAUCCUCCUACCGGCUGAACCUGAGGCGCUCGCUGCACCUGCCGUUGACGCCGUCGUACGACGAUGUGCGAAACUCGCCGCUGCCACUGCUGCACCACCAUGUGCACGCCCAGCAGACGACUGCCAUUGGCAGCGUAUCGGUGGCCACGGCAAUGGCUGAGGCAGCAGCGGUGGCAGCGGCAGCCACUGGGUCGGCAGGCGGUGGCGGUGGCGGUGGCUCAUCGUCCUCGACGACGGCACCCACCUCAGGCUCUGCCUCGGCCUCCUUGGCCACGAUGCCGCCGCCACUGGCCCCGCGACGCCCGUCGACGUUGCAGCUGCAACUGCAGGGCAGCGUAGCGGUAACAGGCAGCAGCACCACGCUGACGACCAUACACACGACGGCGCCCCAGCCGCCGGCGCCCAGCGACUUCAAGUACUACUCCCCGCAACGCCACACCGAUAACACCACCAAGUUCAACUACCCGUUCGGGAAAUCGGCGCGCGGUAUGCGCCGCCAGUCGACGCAGUCGGUGGACUCGCAGAAGGUGAACAUCGCCGGAUACCAGCCGCUGCCGAUGCGGUCGCGCUACAAGCACCAGGAGGUGAUGUUCGAGCUGAAGUCGCCGACCAACCGGCUGACCAUUCGCGAGUGCGACUUUGGCGGUGGCGGUGAACCCUGCGACGAUGAUCAGUCGAUCAAGGACAGCCAGAUCUUCCGUGUUAGUAAACGAAAUCUUUAUAUGAAUCACCGGUCGCCGUGGAAGGAGCGCGACCGCUACUCGAACCUCUACGAGUACUCGUUCAACAUAGAUCUCAACUCGAUUAUCGAGGAUGCCGCGGGCAGCGACUCGUCAUAGUACGCAGCUCGCCACCCCGUUGUUGUCUUUGUCGUUUUCGUUGUCCACCUGCCCCGUGCGGUGCUCGAAGUCGCCCUGGACUUCAUUAAUUGGUUGUUAGGCGCUGUACAUAAGGAAGGGCCCUUGGGCCGCCUCCUACUGCUUCCAGGCCACUGCUAGAGAAAGCUCAGUUUUCCUUCUGGCUAUAUUUGGCCAUCUGCAGGCUGUGCAGGCAUUCCUUGGCAUUCUUGGCAUUCCUUUCGAUGAGAGAGUGACUUGAGGGGCUUUUGCACAGUCUGAAUGGGGCAUAACACAUUUGGCUUCCAUGACGCGCUUAGAUGUUAGGAGGAGAGUAAAGUCUUCAGUUUGCAGCCCCCGCCCCAAUCCUGUUCUUCAGUUUCCACCCUUUGUUUGCGUAGAUAUAUAGAAGUAUGUAAAUUGCUAAAUUGUUUCUUAUGAUUUUUGUCCAUGUCCGAUAUCCGCUGUAGAGCCCCCAGCCCCGCCCGAUCCUGAAUGAUGUGAAAUGAAAAGUGGUUGGUUCAUAGAAACUUUUACGUUUAUGUAGCACCUGUUUCCCUGGCUAAACACGCCGGUGCUCCUCUGCACACGCGGUGCAAGGGCGCUCCGGCGCCAGGGGGCCAGGAAGGAAUCUCCCCGCCCCCCACCAUGUAUAUAUAUGUAUGUAUGUAUAUCCACCCUGGUCUACGUCCCAUCGCCGCCACCUCCAAUAGUGAUGCCAACAACCAUAACAAAAACCAAAAAAAAAAACCAAAAAAAAAACCCAAAAAAAAAACAAAAAAAAAACCAAAAAAAAACCAACCCAACAUCCCAACCAAGCAUGUUCAACUUUAACUUUGUUCGCUUAAAAGAUGAUUAAGUUUUUCCGUUGUUGUUUAUUUGAUGUGUGUGUGUUUUUUUUUGUUUUCGGAAUCAUGCUGGAUUCCUGGCCAAAGGGCCACGCCACCAAACGAUAGCAGUCACUUGGACUUUCGUUGAAUGUUUUGAUUAAUUUUGAACGGUUUCAACCGAACGAGAAAUUGAAAUAAA